AUGUCGAAUCAGUUGAAUUAUACGAACUCUGGUAUAUUUGAAGGUAUCAACUUUGAUAACGACCUAUUAAGCUCACCUUCACCAACUCUAAAAAGAUCAAUCUCAAAGAUUGAUAACGAUGACGUAAAUCAGUUUAAUCCAGACGAUAUCAUUCAAGAUACUCCUCCUCAAUCACCUACGACUGAUCACUUUGUUGGUUUCACAAGUGGAUGUGGAAUUCCUAUUCAACCUCCUUCAAAUGAUGGUUUCAAAAGAGCUGCUAAAUUGUUGGACGCUGAUGUCUCUGAGGACAAUCACCUAACUGAAACUCAUAAUUCACGCGUUGAUGCUUUAAAUAAUCUAUCAAAUCAUUAUAACGAUUAUAAUGAUGAUAUUGAUCAUGUUGAUAAUAGUGAUCCACAACAUCUCAAUAAUCCUGGUUUCAUCGGCUUCGUCACUGCUGCAGGUGCACCAAUGCCUAUUCCUUCUCAGCACGCAAUUGAUAACGCUAAAUCAAAGUACAACCAUAAACCAGUAGAUUCUAACAAUAACCUUCAAUUAUCAACACCAUAUCAUUUGGAAAAUUCUCUCGAAUCUGAUCAUUUUACACCUUCUAAGCGAAGCAAUACUCCUUUACAACCUCUGCAACCAUUACAACUACUCAACAAGCAUAUUGUCAAAAAUCAACACUCAACCCCUUUCAAAUCACCCUUAAUCAACUCUAAUAGUCAUCUCGAUAAUAAUGUAACUCCCAAAUCAUCCAAACCUAGACUAAGUCUUGGUAUAACAUCUAACAAACCCCCAAAGAGACAAAAGUUCGUUACUCCAUUUAAACAAGGUGUCAUCCCUUCGACAAAAAUAGGUGCAUCUACAAACAAACCUUUCAAUAACAAUCAACCCAUCAAACAUAAAGCUAAAAAUCGCGUAUUUAACUUGAAAUCUUCUUCUGAGCGAAAGUCUAUGUCUGAUUACGGUGUUAGACCAUGGGGUUACACCCUAGCUUACCUCAGAGCUGUCAAUAUUCCUCAAAUAGUCCUACAAAUGAAUUGUCAAUCGGCUCAAGACUUUGCCUUUACAUCCAACCAUACCUCAACAAAUGCAUUCCAAGAUAUGAAGAAUCGAGGAUGUACAUCUAUUAAUUUGCGCUGGGUCAAAAAUCAUUGGAAGUUCAUUAUUACCAAAUUAUCUGCAAUUAUCAGAAGCUGUCCCUCUGAGAUGACUAGAUGGUCUUACCAAGAGGUUUUGGGACAACUAUUAUACAGAUACCAACGUGAAAUUAAUCUUGCUGAGCGUUCUGCUGUUAAGAGAAUUCAGGAACAUGAUUCAUCUUCUAGUCGUCCGAUGAUACUUUUUGUUUCACAAAUUUUGGACGAAAAGAUGAUUGAACUUAGUGAUGGAUGGUAUCCAAUAUAUACUCAAAUCGAUAGCUGCCUUAGCAGAGCUGUAAAGAGAAAUAAAAUCAAAGUAGGAGCAAAGAUAUCAAUUAUAGGCGCAAAGUUAAAUAGUGGCUAUGAAGGUACUGAUGUCCUAGACGCAGUUGGUCUUUCUAAUCUUAGUAUAUCCGGUAAUUCAACUUCACUUGCUCGCUGGGAUGACAAAUUAGGGUUUCAACCACCUCUUACAGGCUUUAUAUCAAACCUUUCCAGUUUAUCGCCGGAUGGAGGUAUUAUAGCGUUAUUAGACGUUGUUGUUACCAGUGUUUUUCCUCUCGCUUAUAUGGACAUGGAACAUAAUUUUGGUGAUAGCGCCUGGAAUCAAGUGGAAGAAAAUAAACGUUUACAAGAUGAACAGAAUCGAAUUAAUAUAGAUUCUGAGGCUGAAUCAUACAAGCGUAACAAAGAAAUAGAGUUUAUCGAGGACAUUUUAAUCAGGCUUAACGACGCCACAACCGAUGCGACUAAAGACGAGGGUGGAGCUGACGAUGUUGACGUGGACGAUGAAUUGGAUAAUAUUAUUGCAAUGACAGAAAGCAAGCAUCGCAUACAAAAGAUAAAAUCCUUGAGUGGAUCAGUGGCAGCUAAGUUAGCUCUAGCAGCCAGGGACAGAAUGACGAAUCUGAGGAAAGAAGCAGGUAAUAUCAAGGUGGAAAAGCGUAAAAUACGAAACUUUAGAAUAAUCAGAGUAGAAGAUCAUAAUAGGGGGAGUAAAAAGGAUAGAAUAAGUGCCCAGUUACACGUCUGGGAUGCUAUUACGAUCAAUGAAGAAUUCAAGCAAGGUGAUAGGUUCAAGGAUUCUUUCUCAAAUAGCUGGAUUUCUUGGUUCUUAUCGACCAAGGGUAAUGAAUACUUCUGCGAAGUCGAUGAGGAAUAUAUCCUAGAUAGAUUCAACUUGACUGGCUUGAACAAUGACGUUCAAAAUUAUUCUCAGGCUUUGGAAUUGAUUACUGAUAAUUUGGAUGAUGAAGAUUUAGAUGAUGAGCAAAGGGAUGCUAUCGAGAACAGCGCCAGAUAUCUUUACGGCUUAAUUCAUGCGAGAUACAUCAUUACCUCUCGCGGUCUAGCUAAAAUGUUGGACAAACAUAAAAGAGCCGACUUUGGUAGAUGUCCCAGAGUUUUCUGCACAUCUCAGUCUUUAUUACCCGUCGGUUUAAGUGAUGUCCCCUACACCAAAGCUGUUAAACUUUUUUGUCCAAGAUGUGAAGAUCUUUACUCACCAAAAUCAAGUCGUCAUGGAUCAAUUGAUGGUGCUUAUUUUGGUACAACAUUCCCGCAUAUGCUAUUCCUCGUUUAUCCUCAACAAUUACCUUCAAAGACUUCAAAUAACCUGCCGACUUCAAAACCUGCUACGUCAACAGAUGCUGCUAUCGGUGUUGAAAGGUAUUUGCCAAAGAUAUUCGGUUUCCCCGUACAUGAAAUGUCUAAGCUCGCGAGAUGGCAAGAAGCUCAAAGGGAUUUACAGAUAUCAAGGUUGAAACAAAGUUCCAGUGAUCCCUCUUAUGUUUGA